AUGAAUGCUGGGCGAUUUACUACGGUCGACAAGAUCAUUCUUGGCAUCUAUCCAUGCACGCUCCUUCUCGGCUUCUGCUUUUCCCUGGGACACUCAACAUCGUACUUUGCUACAAAGGGAAACCUCUUCAAUAUCUUGUUUGUCAAGAAUGGCUGGCUUUGGACGUCUCUCGUCUUUUUCCUGCAUCUCAACAGACUGCCAGGCUCAAUAAUGAACCAGAAAGCAGCAUUGUUGCGCUGGAUGACGGCGACUCUGUUGUGGAUCCUAGUCACACAAUGGGCUUUUGGUGCGCCGUUGACGGACCGUACCAUGAUCUGGUCAGGUGGUGUUUGUGAAUUGGCCAAAAAGGGCGUAGAAACGGAUGUGGAAAUUGGCGAACAGGCAGAGGCUCUUGCAGCAGUGACGAAUGCUGCUUGCAAGAAAAUUCAAGGUCGUUGGCGGGGUGGACAUGAUUUGAGUGGACAUGUCUUCAUCUUGACGCAUGCAAGUCUCUUUCUCUGGUACGAGCUGUUGCCCCUUCUCCUGGCGCAAUCAUCGCUACUCACAGACAACGCCUCCAAGGCCAGUUUUGCGCUCCUCGGCGGUUGGUGGUGGAUGCUGCUUAUGACGGCAGCUUACUUUCACACCUGGAAGGAAAAGAUGACUGGCUUGAUGGUCGGUAUGGUAGGUGCCUUGCUCAUGUACAAGAUUGUCCCUCGUGUGCCUGCGUUGCGCUCCAUCUUUGGCACUCCAGGACGGUGA